AUGGUCGGCCGACAGAACACGCGCUCUUCUCACGAUGGCGCCAGGUCAACGCGCACCUCGAAGCGCUAUUCCAUGACAGCCUUGUAUCUGUCUAUGAAUGCGAACCCGCGCGAACUCGAGAUUGAAGAUGAUCUUGCACGCGCCCAGAAGGUGCUCCGCGACCUCAAAUCAAAGAUCUCGUCGCAGUCCAAGAAGAACUUUGUACUGGAGAAGGAUGUGCGAUACCUCGACUCGAGAAUUGCCUUGCUCGUGCAGAAUCGCAUGGCUUUGGAAGAGCGCAACGAAGUAGCCGAUCAUUUAGACGAGUCCGACGAACUUACAGAGGGUGCAUUCCCCAACGACGACAAGACGCAGAAAUAUGGCAACCUGUUGUUCCUACUCCAAUCCGAGCCGAAACACAUCGCUCACUUGUGUCGUCUGGUCACGCUGGCCGAGAUCGAUCAAUUGCUACAGACAGUCAUGUUCACCAUCUACGGAAACCAGUACGAGAGCCGUGAAGAGCACUUGCUGCUCACCAUGUUCCAGUCUGUUCUCACCUACCAAUUCGACAACACGCCUGAUUAUUCAUCCCUUCUCCGUGCCAAUACCCCCGUCUCCCGCAUGAUGACGACCUACACUCGCAGAGGUCCGGGUCAAGGAUACUUGAAGACGGUUCUAUCCGAACAAAUCAACUAUGUUACCAGCAAGCUGCGCGACGUCGACCUCGAGAUCAACCCGCUCAAAGUAUACGAGACUAUGAUGGCCGAGCGUGCCUCAAUCCGCGGCUCUACGUCGAGUCUCCCUCCCGGUGGCAUCACGGCCGAAGAGGCUGCUGCAAAUCCUCAAGUCCAAGCCAUCAUCAGCCGCAGGGUCGGCCAAUUGAUUCAGCUUGCCAACUACUUCCUCGACACGAUUGUCAACAACCUGGACGAGACGCCUUACGGUAUUCGAUGGAUAUGCAAGCAGAUUAGGAGUCUCUCGAGGAGAAAGUACCCGGAUGCACACGACCAGACCAUUUGCACCUUGAUUGGUGGUUUCUUCUUCCUGCGCUUCAUCAACCCUGCAAUAGUCACUCCCAGGUCUUAUAUGCUUAUUGAGCAGAACCCCGCCGAGAACCCUAAGCGCACUCUUACCUUGGUCGCAAAGAUGCUCCAGAACCUGGCUAAUAAGCCCUCCUACGCCAAAGAACCGUACAUGUCCGUACUCCAGCCUUUCAUCCAACAAAACAAAGAACGCAUGAAUAAGUUUCUGCUUGAUUUGUGCGAGGUUCAAGACUUUUACGAGACGCUGGAAAUGGACAACUACGUCGCUCUGUCCAAGAAGGACCUCGAGUUGCCCAUCUCGCUCAAUGAAGUUUACGCUAUGCACGCACUUCUCGAAAAGCACACCCAGGAACUGGUAGUAAGAGACGAAGGCUCGCACUUGAAGAUUCUCUUGCAAGAUCUGGGUCCAGCACCAGCACAACUUCCAAGGAAAGAGAACCGUGCAAUCAACCUUCCGUUGUACAGCAAGUGGGAGACGGCACUGGACGACCUGACGGCCGCGCUCGACAUCACUCAAGAGGAGGUCUUCUUUAUGGAGGCAAAGUCGACAUUCGUCAUGAUCCUACGCUCCUUGCCCGCCAACGCAGUCGUUGCACGACGACCACUUCGUCUUGACAGAGUCGCCGAAGCAGCUGCCACCACAAAGAAUGACUCGGUCAUGGUGCGCAAGGGUAUCCGUAGCAUGGAGUUGCUGAGCCAAUUGAACGAUAUGGGCAUGAUCGACAAAGCAGACAACUACGCUUCUUUGCGCGACGAGGUCGAGCAAGAAUUAAAUCACCUCGGUUCGUUGAAGGAGAAAGUCAUUACUGAGAGUCAAAAACUUGAGGAAGUUUACCAGACAAUACGGGAUCACAACGCAUACCUUGUCGGCCAGCUUGAGACAUACAAGUCAUACUUGCACAACGUCAGAGGCCAAUCUGAGGGCACCACGAAGCGUGUGCAAAACCAGAAGGUUCUCGGCCCAUACAAGUUCACACACGCUCAACUGGAGAAGGAAGGCGUGAUUCAAAGGAGUAAUGUGCCUCCGAAUCGACAAGCGAACAUCUAUUUCAACAUGACCAGCCCGAGCCCAGGAACAUUUAUCAUCUCCUUGCACUACAAGGGCAGAAAUCGUGGACUCCUGGAGCUCGAUCUAAAACUCGACGAUUUGCUCGAGAUGCAAAAGGACAGCCAAGAAGAUCUUGAUCUCGAAUACGUCCAGUUCAACGUUUCGAAGCUGCUCGUCCAUCUCAACAAGAAGUUCGCACGGAAACGAGGCUGGUAG